AUGGCGAUCUUCCCCGCCGAGCUCUGGGAGAUUGUCUUCGACCUUCUGCUAACAGACAAUACGCUCUUGACUCUCGCAGCCGUUUGCCGACAAUUUAAUACGCGCUGCAUUGAGCUCUUCCUUCACCACCGGGGCGUCUCUCUUGACGCUAUCCUCAGCGCGAAUCCCGCUUCUCUCGACUCUGACAGCCUCACCGCACUAGCCAUCUACGCUCCACAAGAGGAUCUCCCCUUCAAAAUGCUCACAUGCGUCGCACUCGACUCGUACGACUGCCCCCGGCUGAUCGUGUGUCUAGACAACAUCAUUCGUCGGUCGCCCAAGCUACACGUGCUAUCCCUCUCGUUUUCGGUCGACCUGUUUGGGCUCCCUGCUCACGAGAGCCAGGCUGCCUUGGCACAGCUCUGCGGGCUCAUUUCACGUUUCGCCAAUCGCGGCAAGAGUACUACUAGUAGGAAAGCCGACCCGGUGUUCAUCCUGACGCCAGACACCAUGUUUACCUGCUCGGUGAGAGACGUUGCCGACUGGAAACUCCACAACUGGGAGUUCAACCCACCUCAACCGCGGAGAAAACUGUGGUUUGAGAAACAAAAGGCAGAGAACUUGAAGCGGUCGACAGCACCAGCCGGCACGACAACGCGUGUCUAUAGCGGAGGCAUCGCCAAUAUUCCCGUUUUGCAUAGACUUAUCUCAGUCGACGUGCGGUUCAUUCCCUCAUCCAAUAACUUCCUCGUUGUCUUGAACCCGAGCCGCAUCCGGUUUCUCUCCCUCAAUCCGCAUGCGGUAGACAUCGCAUCGGAGCAGUGCAUCCAAGCAGUGCUCGACCACGCGCUGCUCCCCGAGUUUCGCUUUUUGUACCUCCUUACCGUGGUCGGACUAGGUCCGACACAGCUGCAUCGCUUUCUGACGAACCAUCCAAGCACCUGUCGCAUCACCUACAGCAUGAGGGUUGCCACUGCUUCGAAGUCUGGACCAAAAUCUAUAUUCGGGCCCCCAAUGCGCCAUCCAUCGCUCCAGCAUCUAGCAUUGCACAUUCCCGACCACCCCGACCCGCAGGGUCAUUCGCUCAUUGCGGGUCUGGUGGACAGCCCCUACUUAAACACAUUGGACAUCUCAUUCCUGUCAUAUACCCCCAACCCCGCCGUUCAGACAGACAACAUCCUCGGUGCUUUGGAGUGUCUGUCCACGAGCCAGCGGCAAAACAUACAGCUAAUCAUGUUCAUACACGGCCCACGCGACUUCUCGAUAUUCCAGAAGGCAGCGCGCUACACCACCCGGGCCGGUGCAUUGUCAGAAUUGAGCUGUGCCUGGGCAAACGAGCCGCGUGGGCUCCAGUUGGCACAGCGGCUGGAUUGUGUGGCAAAGAUGGAGGUGACCGUGCUCUCCGCGCCAAUCGGUCGUAGGCUGCUGAGAUGGUGCAGCCUUCUCCCCAUGCUCCAGCAGAUCAAGUUCAGGUUGAUGAUCAAGUAUUUGCGCGGGGUCUCAAAGCGGAACCGGCUGACGGGACAAGAAAUGGGGACCGCGAGAGAGCAGUUUCUGGCUGAGGCAAUGGAGGCGUUGCCGCAUGUGGCCACGGUGCUUUGUGAAGUCACUUAG